AAUGGCUUGUCAUCCUCUUCAUGGGGCUGGCCAGCGUCUCCGUCGGGCCGUAUGCGUUUUCCGCCCGCCCAAUCGACUUGCCCAUCAUCUUCGUGCUCGGCCUGCUCGUCGGCUUCAUGCAGCAGGUUGUCGCGCCCCCGUCAUCGACGUAUGCCAACGUGUUGGAAGUGUCGGCCGCCAUAUUGACGUCCUUUUUGGCACGCGCAUUCGGGAGUAUCAAACACAACGGUACGUACCUCUUUUGCUUCCCGGCCAUUGCGCAGUCGGCCAUUGCCAUGAUCCUCCCGGGGCGGAACACGGGCGUGCGUCCCGNGGACCGAGUGGGAUUGCCGCACCCCGUGCAGUGCAAUUUUGACACUUUGUUUGGCACUAGUUCCGGUGCGAUAAGUAUUUGUGGGCUAGGCGUGAAGGGCUGGUCCGUGAACGACUGUAUCGCGACCUCUAAAGCCCUUGCGCGAGCCGUAUUCCGACCACGUCGUGUAGCUUCGCUUCCCCUUGCUUGGAUCCCCUCCAUCCACCGAAUCUGGCAAACAAUUCUAUCGGUCCUACUAGACAGCAGAUACCCAUCGCGAAAUAUAGAGGCGGCUUUAAAGAAGGUUUUCGGGUCGUCCCGCAACAUCGCGGAUUUCUCCCUCGCCACUGAAAUGGGCCUCCACAUCGGCAUGCCCGUCACUGCGACAAAUGACACAAGUACACACCUUGUUACCAACUACAAUGGAGUAGGAAAACGGAACCAAGACGGAGAUUACCAGAUCCUCCAAACAGAGGACAACAACGUGGUUCCUCUUUGGAAAGCGUAA